AUGUCAAAAACAGUGGCGAUAAACUCACUCCAACAAUUUAAUGAAUAUCUCCAGACCUCACACAUAGUUGUGACCGACUUCUAUGCAGAUUGGUGUGGUCCCUGCCGUCUAGUGGCGCCGCUAUACGAGCAGCUCUCAGCCCACCUCUCGACGCCCAAGCAGAUAACCUUCCUCAAAGUCAAUGUCGACAAUCACAAGGAAAUAGCGUCCAAGUACGCUGUAACGGCGAUGCCGACCUUCCUCGUUUUCCAGCGUGGCGAAGUCAUUGAACGCGUCCAGGGUGCCGACAUGCGUAAAGUGCAGGCUAUUGUACAGAAACUCUUGCCAGGCACUAAAGACGCUCUGGCUGAUGCGACAACGGGGGAAAAUGCCACAAGUCAUUCCUCCUGGAGAUUGAGCGAGAAUCCUCCCGGCUACCAUGAUGUAACCGAUCAGGUCGAUUUAGAUGGCCUAGAUCUGUCCAAUGCUGAUCUCAUGUUCGGUCGUGCUCGGGUCCUAUUUGAUGAUAGUAAACCCACUGCUCUCCAAAAUGGCAAACAACACGAGACAACGACUAAGGAUUGGGUUGAGAGCGACUCAGAUGAGCAGCUGAUGUUGUUUAUUCCCUUCCAGUCUCGCAUCAAGAUUCAUUCCCUUUUAAUAACUUCACUACCAGCUAGCUCUAGUACAAGUACAUCUGAAUUAGCCAUGCGUCCUAGAACUAUUAAAAUCUACACUAACCACGCGUACACACUUGGGUUUGAAGAAGCAGAAGAGAUUACUCCCAUUCAAGCAAUCACACUGGGUGACUCGGAUUGGGAUGAAAGCGGAACUGCCACUAUAACUUUACGCUACGUUAAAUUCCAGAACGUGUCAAGCAUCGUACUUUUCAUAGUCGAUGGAGACGGUGACUGGGAAAGGACUAGAAUAGAUAGACUCAAGUUGGUUGGCGAGAAAGGGGAAAAGAGAGACCUUGGGAGGCUGGAGAAAAUUAGCCACGAUGACUAA